AUGCUUAAUUAUACCACGGAUUACGAAAAAUAUAACAAUUCAGAACAGGCACCCUCAGGCUAUGAAAAUUCUCUAACUCACCUGGAUUAGCUUGAAUUCAACUAAUUUUACCACUAUUACAUGAGUUUGAGUGAAAAUACUACAAUUCUUUAAGAAACUUACGACAAAGAACCUUCAUAGCCGAAAGAGAGUCUUGAUCUGAAAGAUGACUUAUAUUAUUCGAAAAAUACAUAUAAAGAUUCUAUUGAUAAUUCAGCUUGCAAUUCUAAAUGCUAAGAACAAGCCUCAUUGAAAACAACUCACCACAGUUUAGUAGCAAACAUUUUUCCCGAGUUAAUUGCAGUAAAACAGGAACAGCCAGAUGAAGAUACCGAAGAUUUCAAUUUUCCAGACAACAUGAUGACAAAUACGAAAAAUAUAUCGUCUGUCCUUGAGUUAACGUCAAACUAGUAUCAAACAGAGGAUUUUAGCUUUAAAUCUAAAAAGCAUAUCGUUAAACUCAAGACUCCUGAGCAACUUUAGUAUCUAGAAGAUUAAUUUAGCAAAAGCUAACGUUGGAAUAACACAAAGAUGGAACACAUUGCAAAGAUUCUAGGUUUGAAAUUUUCAUAAGUUUAUAAAUGGAAUUGGGAGCGAAGAAUGGCUCUCAAAAAGUACCACGAAAAAGGAAUUUAUUUCGAAUACAAUGAAGUAAAAAUCUUUGAGAUAAGCAAAUGUAACUUUAAAAUUAAUGACUAGAAGAAAGACUACUGUUUGGAAUAAAAUUAUGAAGAGAUUUUCAAGAUUGAAAAGAUCUGA